AUGCCGGAAGGAGACAACUCAAUUGCUAACGCCCCCAAGGAGAAGAAGAAACGGGGUCAGGCGGACCUUGUACAAGGGCUGAGAGUUGUUUAUGACACUCUGUCUUCUCGUUCAAAGGAAGGAAGUUCUGAUGCCGACCCGCGUAAGGGGAUAUUGAAAGGUGAUGCCAUGGGGGUCGAUGAGAUUGUCGACAUUGUCGCAGUUCCAGGGCUUGGCGCUCAUCCUGACUAUACCUGGAGAAAGCGAACCGAUAUUGAUCUCAAAGAGCCGGGCAGUGGAAAGCCUUCCAAUCGUCCAACGUUCAAACACGGGCCAAGUUGCAUAGAAGACGAGAUGAUGCUUCAGGCCGAGUUGCCCAAGUCGAGAAUCAUGAUUUUCAACUAUGUGUCCGACUGGUGGGGUGAGGGCGCAGUCGAUCAAUACCUCCACCAGGUUGCGGAGAACCUAGCCAGGGCUUUAAAGCACGAACGAAUGGACUGUCCCAAGAGGCCUAUCAUCUUCAUUGGCCAUUCACUGGGAGGUAUUGUGGUCGAAAGGACUAUCUUAUGGGCCAAAGUGGGAGGUGCGGAAUUCGCCGAUAUCUUUGACUCCAUCACAGGUUGCGUUUUUCUUGGAACACCUUUCACAGGCUCGGAAGCUCAAUCAUACGCUGCGACUGUAGCUCGGGCUUUUUCGACAAAAGGAAUAGAGAAAGCAGAAUACAACUCUCUUCUCGAGGUCUUGAAAGCCGGUAAUCAGCAUCUGGUGUCGCUGCUCGACGACUUCUUGAAGAUCGUCGUUGAUUCGGGUAUAUUGACGCAUUGCUUUGUCGAAUUGAAGAAGACCGACUUGGGUGCCAAAUAUCUCCGAGGCUUCAUGAACUUCGCCAAUAUAGGGACAGUGAUAGCCCCUGAUGAGGUCGCCACCCUACGCGGUCGACCCAGAACCGCGUUGAAUCUUGACCACAGUGGACUCAACAAGUUCGAUGGGCCUACUGACAAACACUGGAAGUCUGUGUGUAACGAGAUUAAGGACAUGGUACGAAAAAGUGCCAGAAUUUUGAAAAGUCGGCAGAACAUACUUCCAGAGAAUCUCGAUGACGAAAAGUACCAUCAGAUCAUGAAUGCACUGAGCCUCACGGAACGCGAUCCGGACGAAGAUAUCUUCUCAAUCGGGCAUGAUCGAGAAGACGCUAUCGAAGCGGCAUCGAAACUCGUUUUAGAAAAUCCCGAGAUAUCGUCUUUCCUCAACAAUGAAAAACAGGGUGCCCUCUGGGUAGAUUUCCAUUCAGGAAUGGACACUACAAUGACGGCAGUCGCGUUGCAUCAAGAAAUGAAGACCAUACGAGAUCGAAAUCCUAGCGACCAGAACGAUCGACAGCUGUGCUAUUUCUUUUGCGACGACACAGAUCUGAAGAAGAAUAAUACACUGUCCAUCCUGAAAGCGUUCAUACGUCAGAUGAUCGCGCAUACCAGAAGGCUGGCACUCCAUCUACCUUGGGAUCAAAAUUCUUCGAAAGGUCGUGUCACUUUUGACAAUGCAGACACCUUGAUUCAGCCGUUCCUAGCAAUGCUAAGAGACAGGUCAAUCGGAAAAGUCGAUAUCUUGAUCAACAAUAUACACAUGGUCGACGAAGAUGAUCGUAGAAGAUUGUUGCACGCGUUCUCCUUGUCAAUUACGACGAAUGGCCAGCCUGGAAGCAUUGAUAAAGACGCAAAGGUCAAAUGGAUAUGUAUAGGCCGGGGGGCAGAACGCCCUGAUAUCAAGCACGCGAUGAGGCUUGCAAAACACAUCACUUCCGAAGAUCUUGGAAGCCCGGAAAGAUUGCGUGAUUCGCUCAAGCCCGAGGUUGCACGGCGGGUCCAUCAACUCGCAUGGACACUAGGUUACAAGCGAGACAUCAUCUUUUGGCUACGCACCGAGCUACUUCGACGUGCGGAAGGUAAUUUGACCUGGGUGAAUCUUGCUUGCAAUGAGAUAGAGUGCGUCAAGCCAUCGCCUAUCGACGUCCGAAGCUUUGCAGAGGGUCUAAGGCAAGGUUUAACACCGCUAUAUCGGCAGAUCGAAAAGCGCGUUCUACACACUGCUCACGAUACCAUCGAAUAUACGAAAGAGAUCUUGCGAACGAUGAUGAUCGUUGUUCAGCAUCCUACGCCCGAGGAGCUCGCUGUACUAGCCAAUCUGCCCGAUGAACUGCACGGUCGAACAGCAGAGAUAAUGGAGAUCAUUGAUAGAUGCGGAUCGUUUCUCAUGUACAAGAGAGACCCAAAGAAUAAGAGCUCAUUACGCGUUGAGUUCAUCGAUGUUUCCGCCCGCGAGUACCUGCAGCGAGAGUCUUCAUCCGUUCUUGGGCUGUCCAGCGAAGAGACUCAACACGGAGUGCUCGCUUUGCGCUGCCUCAAUUACCUUAUGGAACAAGUUCGCUCGUUUGGAAUGGAACAAUAUCGCGUUGGACCUCUCUUGAAUGAGCAUGGUAUGGAAAUGAGUUCCUCCAUUGUUUACCCCUCGAGUUACUGGAUCAAUCACGCAAUGAAAGCCGUCAAUACCGAUGUUGUUGAGGAUUUCGAUUUGGAAAACAACUGGUGGCACAAUCAGGAAGCAGCCUUUGUCCCUUGGUGGCCAAGGUUAUCAGAGCUAGCCAGGAACCUACCCUCUGUCGAAGGUUUAACGGUCGUUCAUCUUGCGGCGCACUUCAACUAUACAUCCCUCCUAGAGCAUUUGCUCAAUUCCAGGGCAUUCAAACAGCAAUUGGAGUCACAAGACUCACUUGGUCGUCGGCCAUUAUCUUGGGCAGUAAGAGAAGGCCACCUGGAAUCUGCUAAGAUUUUGAUUGAACACGGCGCUGAUAUCCGAGCUACGAGCACGGGUAUGGAAAAUGGAUUUACAGUGAUUCACGACGCCAUCCAUUCAGGACGACUGGAUCUUGUGAAGUAUCUCGUAAGCCAAGAAGCCAAUCUCGAUGCUCCGAAAGGUGUAGCAUUGUUUGUUGCAGCGGCGAAGGGAACCCCCGAGAUGGUUGCGUACUUGUUGUCUCUUAACGUGUCUCUUGAGACAAAAGCAGGUUUUCCUUACGGAAAUGCUGUUGUGGCCGCCUGUCUCGAAGAAGCCUUGAUGCGAAGAGACAACAUCGCAAACGCAAGACUUCUGCUGGGUAAAGCGCAAGAUCUGGAUUUGAGGGUUCCAGUCACCAACGCUGCUCGUUACGGACAACACGAACUGUUCGACCUGUUCCCAAAAGAUCGGCUGGAAGCCAGUACUCUAGCGGAAGCUCUCUUUAUUGCAACUGAGAGCGACCUGACAGCGACUGUCAAGUCGCUCUUGCAGAUGGGGGCUGAUCCAAACAAAGGAGUACGUAGUGAUGGACUUCGUUAUGCACUUCCAAUAGCUGCGGCGAGUGGAUCGACUGAGAUCUUACGCAUGCUACUGGAUGCAAAGGCAGAUCCUAACAUGUUAGACAAAGUGCACGGGACUGCUCUACAAGCCGCAUGUUUCGAGGGCAACAUUGAAAACGUAAAGUUGCUCUUGCCAGGUAGCAACAAGAAGACGCAAUCAUGUGGGUGCUUUGGCACUGCUUUAUGUGCCGCCGUUUCCGGCAAUCAUAAGGAAAUCGUCAAGGUGCUACUGAGCAAUGGUUGGGAUGUGAACGACGCUGACGGAGAUCGCGGGAAGCCGCUACUUGCAGCUGCAACUGAAGGACACCUCGAUAUAGUCGAGCUUCUGUUAGAAAACAACGCCGAUGUCAAGGUCACAGACCUUUCCAGGUCGACGCCGAUCAUUUUAGGUGCUAGUAGUCUACCUGCAAAAGGUAUCGAGAUGCUCGUACGGCGUGGUUGCGAUAUCACCGAGCAGAAUAAGAAGGGAGUCAAUCCCCUGAUCGCAGCCUCAAAAGCACGAGCGACAGAGACCGUUCAAGUUCUCUUAAAACUCAACGCGGAACGAGGUUUCUUCCAGAGCAAAGUCGACAUCAACCACUGCUCUGACGAAGGUUCAGCGCUCUAUCUUGCGGCCAAGAAUGGCGAUGAAGAAACUUGCCAGAUCUUGAUACGAGCAGGCGCGUCUGUCCAAUCCAAAAAAGGACAACGCCCACCGCCAGUAUUUGCAGCAGCCGAGUCAGGGGAUUUUGAGACGUUCCUGCUCCUGCGUAGAAAGUCUGGCUUCAAUGCAAACAAGUACGAAAAGCAUUGGGGAGACAUCCUCUCCUAUGCGCAGCGUGGACGCAAUCGUUAUAUUUACGAAAAGAUCCUCAAGGAAAUUGGACGCGAUACUAAAGCUGGGUUACCCCCUGGGGUUAGGUAUCCAGAGCUGGACGAAGAGCUAGACGGAGAGCUAGACGGAGAGCUAGACGAAGAGCUAGACGAAGAGCUAGACGAAGAGGAACUAAAUAGCAACUAUUAA